CUGCCGUAGUGCGUCACAUGUUGACUAGGUCUGCUAGUUGAUGCUAACGAAAGCUUGACAGAAUUUAGAAAGUCAUGGGCAAAAACGAUUUAUUAUGAAGACAGCUGUUCAGUUGCUGUCGGCACUGUGUACUUUGCUUUAAAAUGCCUUAAUAUCUCCGUGUAUGGUUGGAUAAAACACACCUGUUAAUGUUUUAUUUAUUCUGACGAGCUAAUGUAGUUAGCCUGUUUGCUAGCCAGGAAGAAUUGACAUCUCACUGUUGGCUUCAGGUUAGCUAACAUAACGUUAGUCAACAUAGGAGCUAAAAUAAAGAGCUCCAGAUGCGGCUAAAGGACCCCUUCUCUUUGAAAGCCGCCGAUAUGACUAAGCGGACUAAUAAACCGAGGAAACCUCGAGAUGAGGAGUCAUCAGAUGAAGUCAGUGGGUUGACUUGCCAGCAUGUGAGUAAGGCAGUAGACCUGAGCUCAGUGAAGAAAUCCGUGCUCUCCAGUGUGUGGUUGGUGUGCUCUGAGUGUCUGAAGGAGAGGACCAUGAUUGAUGGAGAGCCAGCAGCAUCCCAUGACAUUCUGGUGUGCUUAAAGUGUGGUUUCCAGAGCUGUAACCAGUCAGGAAUCCACCAUGCUGUCAAGCACCACCAAGCGUUCCAUCCAGAGUCUCACUGCAUCACCAUCAGCUUGAGCUCAUGGAAGGCCUGGUGUUUUGAAUGUAAUGAGGAGCUCUCCACUCACUGCAACAAGAAGGCUUUGGCUCAGACCCUGGACUUUUUACAAAAGCACUCUGUCAAGGCAACAUUAGGGGCAUCACCCAAGAUCAUCAAGCUGCAAGAGGAACCAUCAGAUUAUACUGACCCGCUCAAAGGCAAGAGUCCAGCUAUCAACAGCACUUUGGUCCCUGUCAAAGGCAUAAAUAACCUUGGUAACACCUGCUUCUUCAAUGCUGUUAUGCAGAACCUGUCUCAGACACACAUGCUCAUCGACCUCAUCCAGGAGGUGAAGGAGAAAGGGUACAAACUGAGGAUUUGUCCCCCUGUUGAGACCAAUUUGAGUCCAUUGACCGUAACGCUGCCCAGUCCAGAGCCCCUGACUGCAGCCAUGUUUCUCUUCCUUCAGAGCAUGAAAGAACCAGGGAAAGGCCCUCUCAAUCCCAAGAUGCUCUUCAACCAGCUCUGCCAGAAGGCUCCGCGCUUCAAGGGCUACCAACAACAAGACAGCCAGGAGCUUCUGCACUACCUAAUGGACUCCAUACGAGUAGAGGAAACUAAAAGGGUGAAAGCGGGAAUUCUGAAGGCGUUCAACAAUCCCACAGAGAAGACCGCAGAUGAGGAGACCAAGCGCCAAGUCAAAGCAUAUGGGAAGGAGGGUGUGAAGAUGAACUUCGUCGACCGCAUCUUUGUUGGCGAGCUAACCAACACAAUUAUGUGUGAAGAGUGUGAGCAUAUUUCCACAGUGAAGGAGGCUUUCAUAGACAUCUCUUUACCCAUCAUAGAGGAGAGGAUAUCAAAACCAUCCAACCCUGGUAGACUGGGGAAGGGCAGCCGGGAGCAGGACACCCAUGUGACUCACAGUGACCAGGUUCUUUCUGCGGCGCACUCUGUCAACAGAAACACCAGGAAGCUGAGCGGACAGAAGCAGCAGAGCAGGAGGUCUUCAAGCUCUGUGGAGGAGAAGGGAGCAGGCUGCAGUGCGGAGCGUCCAGAGGAGGAGGGGGUAGCUGGUAUCGGCCGUGGUAUCUCAGUUUGCAAGAUGGCUGCUGCCGGCAGCCUAUCAGAUGGCAGUGAAAGAGACUCAGGUCCUCAGGACAGCAGUAAUGACGCUGACAGUGAAGCAUCGGAGAGCGAGUGGGCUCCACGCACCUCUUCCUCCAGUCACGGGCACAUGUCCACCCCAUCGUCCAUUUCCACCCUCACUCCAUCUCCUACGCCCGUCUCUGCCUCCUCCCCCUCACCGUCAUCCUCCACGAGGCCAGGUGGCGCUGUAGAGCAGCUAGUUACUGCAGUGUCUAAAGUAAACCUUGGGUUUACUUCUGGGGACUGCUCUCCCUCUACACAAUGUUCUCCAGAGGAGCAGGGAGAAACGCAAUCACGGGAUAACCUCCACCAUCAACACCACCAGGGGGCCUUCCAGGUGCUGUCCCACAGUUACACACCCAGCUCCAAGGAGUGCUCCAUCCAGUCCUGCCUCCACCAGUUCACCUCUGUGGAACUGCUGAUGGGCAACAACAAGCUGCUGUGUGAGAGCUGCACUGAACGCAGACAGAAACAGCUGCGCAAGAGCAGCUCAGCCGAUAAGAAGGUGGAGAAGAUUUACACCAGCGCUAGGAAGCAAAUGCUGAUAUCCUCGCUGCCUCCUGUCAUCACAUUGCAUCUUAAACGCUUCCAUCAGGCAGGGAUGAACUUACGAAAAGUGAACCGCCAUGUUGACUUUCCCCUGGUCUUGGAUCUGGCACCUUUCUGUUCGGCAACCUGCAAGAACCUGGCAGCUGGUGAGCGCGUCAUCUACAGUCUUUAUGGGAUUGUUGAACACAGUGGCUCAAUGCGGGGGGGCCACUACACCGCAUAUGUAAAAGUGCGUUCUCCCCAGAGGAAAACAGAACAGCACCACAGGAACUUGUCAGGUGCGAGGGAUGCCAGCAGCAGCUCCCAGGGCCAGUGGGUGUACAUCAGUGACACCACGGUUCAGACGGUACCAGAGUCAAGAGUACUCAACUCUCAGGCAUACCUGCUCUUCUACGAGGAAAUGUUGUAAUGUGACUACUAAACAUUUUCCCCCUACACCUCUGUUUUCCUUAGUUUUGCUUUUGGUACAUGUCUGCACCACUCCUCUUACUGUAUGAGUAGGUGGAGGGAAGAUAAGGGAAAGACUUCACUGUACACACUCACUCAUCUUACAUGAGAGAAAUACAACCGUGUCAGUUGCGUACAAAUUCUCAGUUAGAAUUGGCACUUUUGAAUAUCUUAGAUAUAUAAAAAGAUAAACAUCAGAUGUUAAAGUUAUUAUCUGCUUUGAUAAAGUCCAUUAUUCAUUCAUGUUUCCUGUUUUAAAAAUCCUACCCUUUAAAAAGAGGUCUACAGUGUGUUCCUGAACCUGAGUUGUUCUAAGUUUAUCAUCUAUCUCCAUCACGAGCCUGAGGUGUUACUGCAUGAGGAAGUUUGCUAUAGAAGCAGGAAAUACUACAAAAUUAUCGCAUGCUAAACUGCGCUUAGCACUGACUAGUUGAUGUCAAUUGUGCGGCGUGUGUGUGUGUGUGUGUGCACACAUACACACAUGUAUGAAUGAAUGAGUGAGUGAGAGACAGGAGAAUGUAGAUUUAAGGUGCUAUGUGUAUCAUUGAUGCAUCAGCAAACCAUUGCCACAUUAAAUUUGAGUUAGCAUCAUACUGUCUGUGUAAUUAACAUAAACACUCACGACCAUUAUGAAGAAGACUGGCUUUGCUGUCUGCAUUCUCCACAAAGGGGUUCCCAUUGUGUGGCACUGGCUCAGAUUUGUGUGUUUGAUUGUUUCUGGUAGUGGCAGAUGAUAGAUGGUAAGAAAUGCCAAGAGAAAAAAUGAAUUUUUUUAGUGAAGAGAAUGAUGCAUAAGGACAAGUAGCAGUAUAAUUUGUGAUUUGACUGAGAUUGUGGGAAAUAUGGUUGUACAUUUGAGAAACUCAAGCACAAACAAUACAGCACCAAUGGAGUUAAAAAUGACUCGUAAUUGUCAUAUUUAUUUAUAAUAAUAAUAACAACAAAUCUAUCACAUCGUAUAGUGGUUUACAUAGACAUGCUGGUUUAAAUAUCUACACAUAGCAUCCUUAAGGAGUAGCACAAACAUUAUAUUACAUCCUGCUUUGAAUGGAUUGUUCUUUUUUUUAUUUUUACAUCAGAAUGUAUAAAUGUAAGAUCAGUAAAUUACAUUUGCCAAAGACGGGUUUUGCAACUGCAUGUCAGAGCAGAAAAUACAGAACCAAACAUACAAGAAUACUUCAUACAGAGUUUCUUUAACAUUUGUUCUCUCAAGGUCCUCAGUAUGGUUCUCGAGUUUUGUUGCACAAACAUGUUGUUUAUCUGACCAACAAAGCACCUUGUCUGCCUUCAUUGUAUUUCAGCUCUACUGUAACUGUGUUGGCGCACACAAAAACCCAUUAAUGCACUCAGCAAAGAGUCAUUGCUGUGACAAACUGACUUUUAAUUCACUAAUAACUAUCAUUAAGGUUGAGCAAAAAAAGAUAAAAUAAAAAAACUCAAAGGCUUUAAGCCUGAUUAGAAAAACAUAUUUGCUGUAUUGUGCAUGGGUUAAUGUUCUAAUGAAUGUUUUGCCUAUUCUUGAAAUGUUGUCAAAUGAGCUGUUCAUCUUUUUCUAUGAAAAUAUUUUAGAUGAAAAAAAAAAUGAUUGCUUGUUGGACAUUUGCCAAAACAGUAGAAGGGAAAGGGUUGAAAACGUGUCAGAAUCUAGAGGUUUAUUAUUUUCUUUUGAACAAGGACAAAUUCAGUGCCUAUGCUUCAGGUUUAGGAAACCUGUGCAUGGUGAGAAGAAAAAUAUAUCCUUAGUCAAACGCAAAGAGGAAUAUGUGUGGCAUAUUUAUGUACAGUAUAACUUACUGUAAGCAAAAAUAAUGAGUAUAUGUUGUACAUACUAGAAUCAAUCCAAAACCAUGGUGCUUCAGGCGUGCAGGGUUUUUCCUCAAGACACAAUUGUUUCCAGAAAAUCAUUUGAUUUCAGUUAUUAAAUGAUAAACAUUUGGAAUGAGUAUAACUACAUACUGUAAAAAAAAUAAAUCUAAUUUAUGAACUGAA